UUUAACAAGACUAAGACUACACAGGUCCCAAAACCUCUCAUGGAGAAAAGAAGAAGAGAUCGUAUUAAUCAAAGCCUAGAAACUUUGAGAUUACUUUUACUUGAAAAUACACACAAUGAGAAACUUAAAAACCCUAAAGUGGAAAAGGCUGAAAUCCUGGAAAGUGUUGUGAAUUUCCUGAGAGCUGAACAAAGAUCAGACACUGACUCUUAUCCGAUCACCAGGGGGAAAAGGGGGCGAGCAGAAGACUAUGAUGAUGAUGAUGAUGAUGUGAGUUCACCUUGCAAACGUCAAAGCUACCGUGAUGGAAUGAGAACAUGUCUCCUAAGAGUCAGUCAUUUCAUUGCGAGCAAGAGCCAUGAGUUUGGACAAGGAGCAGAAAAAGCACACGCGAACCUUCACCACAAAGCACUGGAGCACUCACUGCAAACACAGCUACUGUCUCCAACACCACCCCAAAGAGAAACUCAGGUGCACCUCUAUGAAGAUUCAUUGCUGCUAGCACAGCAACAUCAUGUCCAACUGAACAAUUCUUGCGUGCCAUCUGCUUGCUCAAAGCUUGCACAAAGAACUGGUCUGUCCAUUGACAACAUAUCAUCAAGUCCUAAACAACCCGUAUUGCUGUGUGACAAUGUCUGGAGACCGUGGCCACAGUAGAAGAACAUGUUUUAAGUCCCUGCAUAGACUUGAAUGAUACAGCUGCAAAACAUCUUGCAUCAUAUGUUUGAUAUAGCAAAAUGAUGAAGAUUAGGAAAAACAAUGGGACAAACAGACUGUGAAAAGUGUAAAUGUUCAAAAUGUGUAAAUAUGUGGAUUUUGUACAGCAGAUGCCAAAAAUUUAUUUUGUUAUGAAGGGGCAUUGACUAAACUGUGCCUAUAUAGUACAUGUUUGUUACGCUUACAGCGAAACAAACAAAAUACAAGUUUGUGUUGAGAUGUAUUUCUCAGCUAAAAAUGAAUUCUUUUGUUACUAUAAACUCCAUCUAUUGUUGAUGGAUGAAUCAUGUACUUAACAAGUCAAUGCUUUUUGUUCUUUUUGUUGAACUUGAGUGCAAAGAAUUUGUCAUGUCAUUUAUUACUGUAGUAUUUGACAUAUUUUUCUAUAAUUCCAUUUCAUGAACGUUUUGAAUGAGAUUUUAUUUUUCUUGUUAGCAAAAUUUCUAAAGAACUGUUCAUGUUCAAUGUGAAGUAUUUUCUUCUUUUUAGAGCAAAGAAUUAAACCUCUCUAAGGAUUUAUUCUUUUAUCUUUGGUCUCUUCUAUUUGUGCUAGAUAGAUAGAUAUCCAUUUAUUCAUUUCCUGAGAGAUAUUCGAAGAGAUAAACAGUAUUGUUCUUCUCUAAUGGUGUGAAUGUUCAGCAUUUCAGCUUGAUAACAGGCCUGUCAUUUACAAAGUUUCACUGGCAUUCAUUUGGGCAUUUCAGUAAUGUGCAAUUAAUCGGUUUUUGAUUGAGGUGCUGAUUGCCUCCCCGCCCUUCCUCUAUGAACUUUAAAUGUGGUUUUUGCAGACUUUUCUCAAAACAGUUAUACUGAAAUGCUGAAAAUGGUUGUUUAAUGGUUGCUUUUAAGAACCUGUUAUGCGACUUUUACAUCGCAACGUUACAUCACUUAUUUACAACAGGGACUUACACAGUCCUAUUUUUUAACUAUGUUUUAGUACUUAAAUCACAGUUUUAUCGAAACGUGUUUACUUUCUUUGAUUGUUGAAUUAUUACACACGA